AUGGCCGAUUGGUGGCAGACUUGGCUCGAGCCGCCGGCGGCGCGGCGCGUCGGCUGGGUGGAUGUGUCGCGCCCAUCGCUGUGGAUCUGUGUCGUGUCUAUCCUCUUUAAUCCGACGUUCUGGAACGUCGUAGCGCAGCAUGAGUACCGCCACAAGACCAUCACUCGCAUCCUCGGCGGCCGCCGCUACCUGGGCUGCUAUAUGCUGGCGGCGACGAUUUUCACGCUAGGCAUCGUGCGGGACCACCUGUACCAGCUGGCGCUGCUCGAGCAGCCCGUGCAUCCGACGCUCCUGCAUCCGGCGGUGCGUGUCGCUGCGGUGCUGCUGUUCGCGGUCGGCACUGUGCUAGUCGUGUCAUCGAUGUGGGCGCUGGGCGUGACGGGCACGUACCUUGGCGACUACUUUGGUAUUCUGAUGGACGCCAUGGUCACGGGCUUUCCGUUCAACGUACUGAGUGACCCGAUGUACGUCGGCAGCACGCUCAACUUUGUGGCCGUCGCAUUGUGGUUCGCGCGCCCUGCGGGCCUCGUGCUGAGUGCGCUCGUGUGGCUCACGUACCGCGUGGCCCUGUGCUUCGAGGGGCCCUUUACGGCCCGCAUUUACCGCGAGGCUGCCGAGAAGAAGGCGGCGGCUGCGAAGAAGGCCGCUGAGCGAAAGGCGGCCGCGACACCUUCGCGAGCGCCCUACGCCACGCGGUCGCAGACGCGGAAGCGGGCGCUAUAG